AUGAUCUGCUACAAGAAAAAUUUCUUUUCGAUAUAAAAAUACAACAUUUUUAUGUUAAAAGAUGAGAUUCAAUUUUCCAACGUAUUUUUUAAAGCAUAACUUUAGGAUUAACACUCCUUAGUAAUUCAACUUAACUCAUUUGAACCAAAAAUAAAAUGGAUAAAAAAUGAUAAUUCGGAUAUUAUCUCAUUUGAAUUUUGCAUUAAUAAAAAAAAGUCUAGUUAUAAAUUUGCUACCCAUAUAGGGAAGCUUUUGAAGGAGUUUAUGAAUGGAAAAGUAUGCUUUUAAGGAAUAAAUAGUCAUUAUAAGAUAGCAUAAUUCAUUUAGAAAAGAAAUUAUGGUUCUGUAAAUUAUAAUAUACUAUUUUUAUAGAUAGUUCGUAUGAGAAGUAUAUAGAAUGAAGAAUUAGUAACUUGCAAAAUUAUAAAACAAGGAAGAGCAGAAUUUGAGCAAGUACAAUUUAUAAUUAUUAAAGGAAUUUCGAAAUGAAGUUGUAGCACUUUAAUUUUUAAAGCAUAAAAAUAUUCCUAAGUUAAGAGAAUAUUAUAUAGAGACUCAUCAUAAUUAUAUAAUUUAUGAAUUUAUAGAAGGUGCAUCAUUGGAUAAUUAUAUCAAAAAAAAUAUACUUAAUAAAGAUUAAAUUUAUAAGAUUAUGAAGGUAUUUAAUUAACUUUUAUAAAAGGAUCUACUAUCAGUUGUUUAAUAUUUACACUAAGAGGGAUUUAGUCAUCAAAAUAUUAAAUUAGAGAAUAUUUAUUAUUGUACAAUGUUGGAUCAAAUAACAUUAAUUGAUUUUGGAUAAUAAAAAUCUAAUAAUUUUAUUAAUUUAAGACAAGUUCAAUCACUAAACUCUUUGUCUACUAAAGAUUUUACAGACUUGACUUCAUUUACUAGCAGGGAAUUCUCAAUUGAAAAAGAUUAUUUAGAUUGUGGACUUAUUUUUUUUUAAUUGUAAAUUUAUCAAAUUAAUUAGAAUCACUCGAAAAAUAUUGACAAACUAAGAUUUACUUACUUCGGAUUAAAAAAGAAAAUUUCAUUAACUAGUUUAUGAGAUUAAUAAUUAAAAUGUCUCUAAAUUUAUUAUGAAACUUUUCAACUAUAGUAAUUUACAAUGUUAAGGAAAAUUAAAUUUCGUUUAGGAUAUUGAUGAACUUAUUUAUAAAAGAAGAAAUUGA